AUGGGACUUGCCAGCAACAUAGGGAAGUACCAGCUCGGGCGGACGAUUGGAGAAGGUACUUUUGCCAAGGUUAAGCUGGCACUGGACAGCACCAAUGGCAAGUAUGUUGCCAUCAAGAUCCUGAAUAAGCAUAUGGUACAGAGAGAAAUUAGAACCAUGAAGCUUCUAAACCACUCCAACAUUGUACGGAUACAUGAGGUGAUUGGUACAAAGACCAAAAUUUACAUAGUAAUGGAAUAUGUAUCUGGAGGUCAACUCUCAGACAAGAUGUUGUAUGCCAAAAGAUUUAGUGAAGGAGAGGCAAGAAAGCUUUUUCAGCAAUUGAUUGAUGCAGUGGACUACUGUCACAACAAAGGGGUAUAUCACAGAGAUCUAAAGCCAGAAAACUUGCUUUUGUGCGGUAAGGGGAGCCUGAAGAUAUCCGAUUUUGGACUAAGUGCAUUGCGUAAGCCUGGUGACCUGUUGUCAACAAAAUGUGGAUCUCCAAGUUAUGUUGCUCCUGAGCUGCUUGUCAAUAAGGUCUACGACGGAGCAGCUGCAGAUGUUUGGUCUUGUGGAGUGAUUCUUUUUGAAUUACUUGCUGGUGGUCUACCAUUUGAUGACGCUAGCUUGAUGAGUUUAUAUAGAAAGAUUUGCAGAGCAGAUUUCACAUUUCCACAAUGGUUUACAGAGAGCCAAAAGAAGCUGAUCUCCAGAAUACUUGAUCCAAAUCCUGAAACGAGAAUAACAAUACCAAAGAUCAUGGAAAAUGAAUGGUUUCAAAAGGAUUAUGUGCCUUCAUGUGGAAACAAUAGUGACGAUAAAAUACACUUAGAUGAUGUCAAUGCUGCUUUUGAUUCAACUGAGGAGAAUGACAUGGAGACAAAAAUCCCAAAAUCUGCAAGUUUUAUAAAUGCAUUCCAAUUGAUAGCCAUGUCAAAUGAUCUCGAUUUGUCAGGUCUUUUCGAGGAAGAGGCAAGUCCGCAAUGA